ACCGACCAUUUAAACAAAAUUGUUGAAGCAGCAAAAAGAUUCCCACUUGAAAAGAAACCACCAUGGACCUCCUUUCCUUCUUUGUUCUGUCAACUGUUACCCCUUUUUUCAUUCAUCUUUUUCUUUCUCAUGUAUUCCCAAAUGGGUAUCAUUACAAAACCCCUCAUUUCAAUUGGGUGUCCAUCAAGAUCAAGAAUUUCAAAAGCAAAGGUCAAAGGGGAUUGGGUGUCCAUCAAGAUCAAGAAUUUCAAGAGCAAAGGUCAAAGUGGAUUGGGUGUCAUUACAAUCCAUCAAGAAUUUCAAAAGCAAAGGUCAAAUUGGAUUGGGUGUCAUCACAAAAGCCCUAAUUUCAAUUGGGUGUCCAUCAAGAUUAAGAAUUUUAAAAGCAAAGUUUGACUUUUGAAGGUCAAAGUGCUUUGGGUGUCAUUACAAAAGCCCUUAACUUCAAUUGGGUAACCAUCAGGAUCCAUCAAGAUCAAGAAUUUCAAAAGCAAAGCUGGAUUGGACCAAAGAUAACCCAUUAGUGAAGAGAAUAAGACUGUGGAGGUGGUUUGGUACAUAUAAUCAAAUGCCAAGGAAUGACUAUGCGUUUAGCGAUUAUAAAAGUAUGCCAAGAGUUUUGCUUUUUGAACCUGGUGGUUCUUCUGCCGAGGUGCUUCUCUACGGUGGGAAAGUGGUGUCAUGGAAGAACAGUCUAGGCGAAGAAUUGCUUUUUAUGAGCAAAAAGGCUUCCGGAAGAGUUCCUAAAGGAGGGAUAUCGCUUUGCUUUCCACAGUUAGGUAAUAUGGGGACAAUGAAGGAGAUUUGCUCAUCAAAGAACCAUGUAAAGUCAUUAGAUGACAUCCCCUUGCGUAUGUCUCCCACCGGAAACCCAUCUUCCGUAGAUCUAACCUUAAAAACAUCAUCGAAUAAUUUGAAUAUGUGGCCACGUAGCUUUGAAUUACGCCUUCGUGUUUCUUUGGGUCCUGACAAGAUGACCAUAAUGUCUCAUAUCAAGAAUACAGAUAGCACAUCCUUUCCGUUCACAAUUUCUUUACAAAAUUACUUUUUAGUUUCUGAUAUAAGUGAAGUGAGAGUAGAAGGAUUGGAGACGCUCGAUUUUCUUGAUAAUUUGCAGCAGGGGAAAAGGUUCACAGAGCAACCAGAUGCCAUCACCUUUGAUGGAGAGGUCGAUCGAGUUUAUACAAGAACACCUGGUAACAUAGCCAUUAUAGACCAUAAAAAGAAGAGGACGAUUGUGAUCCGUAAUGAAGGCCUCCCGGAUGCUGAAUUGUGGACUCCAUGGGACAAUGCACCGAAAGCAGUGGUUUCCGGGUUUGCAGACAAAGAUUACAAGACGAUGCUAUCAGUGGAUUCCGGUGUUCUCGAAAAUCCAAUCAAUUUAAAACCAUUGGAAGAGUGGAAAGGAUAUCAAGAGCUUUCGGUAAUCUCUUCGAGUUAUUGUAGUGGUCAACUGGAUGCUAAAACUGUAGCAUUUUAUGCUAAAACUUAAAAGUAGAUAUAACCAUAUAAGGUACCCUUUAAGCUAUUGUUUGUUUCUUAAAGUUCCCUUCUUUUUAGAAAGUCAAAAGGUCAACUUUAAGCUAUGUAUACUUUGUUCUUCAUAUAAAGCUAGUGUUUUUAUAAUAAACAUGUUUUUACAAAUGUG